CAGCUGCCGCGCAGAGUCCAGCCGCUGGUGUACUGAGCGGUUCACCGUCUCCGGAGCGGCUCGACCCAGUCAUUCGCCUAGGCGCCCAGGCCCGGUGCGCGCGUGCGUGAGCGCGCCUGCGCCGCCGGGACCGCUGCAAGGGGCAGAGAGCAGCAUCCUCAGGAGGAUCUCUUUUCCCCCAGAAAUUACUCAAUGCUGAAACCUUUCAAAGUGAUAUUAGAGAAGUUGGAAGCACCAUGGAUGGGUUUUAUGAUCAGCAAGUCCCUUUUAUGGUCCCAGGGAAAUCUCGAUCAGAGGAAUGUCGAGGGCGGCCUGUGAUUGACAGAAAGAGGAAGUUUUUGGACACAGAUCUGGCUCAUGAUUCUGAAGAGUUGUUUCAGGAUCUCAGUCAACUUCAAGAGGCUUGGUUAGCUGAAGCACAAGUUCCUGAUGAUGAACAAUUUGUCCCAGAUUUUCAGUCUGAUAACUUGGUGCUUCAUGCCCCACCUCCAACCAAGAUCAAACGGGAGCUGCAUAGCCCCUCCUCUGAGCUGUCAUCCUGUAGCCAUGAGCAGGCUCUUGGUGCUAACUAUGGAGAAAAGUGCCUCUACAACUAUUGUGCCUAUGAUAGGAAGCCUCCCUCUGGGUUCAAGCCAUUAACCCCUCCUACCACUCCUCUGUCACCCACCCAUCAGAAUUCCCUGUUUCCCCCAUCUCAGGCAACUCUGCCCACCUCAGCGCAUGCCCCUGGAGCUGGCCCAGUACAAGGUGUGGGCCCUGCCCCCACCCCUCACUCGCUUCCAGAACCUGGACCACAGCAGCAAACAUUUGCGGUCCCCCGACCACCACAUCAGCCCCUGCAGAUGCCAAAGAUGAUGCCUGAAAACCAGUAUCCAUCAGAACAGAGAUUUCAGAGACAACUGUCUGAACCCUGCCAUCCCUUCCCUCCCCAGUCGGGAGUCCCUGGAGAUAAUCGUCCCAGUUACCACCGACAAAUGUCAGAACCUAUUGUCCCUGCAGCUCCCCCACCCCCUCAGGGAUUCAAACAAGAAUAUCAUGACCCACUCUAUGAACAUGGGGUCCCUGGAAUGCCAGGUCCCCCAGCACAUGGGUUCCAGUCACCAAUGGGAAUCAAGCAGGAGCCCCGGGAUUACUGCGUUGAUUCAGAAGUGCCUAACUGCCAGUCAUCCUACAUGAGAGGGGGAUAUUUCUCCAGCAGCCAUGAAGGUUUUUCAUAUGAAAAAGAUCCCCGGUUAUAUUUUGAUGACACUUGCGUUGUGCCUGAGAGACUGGAAGGCAAAGUCAAGCAAGAGCCCACCAUGUAUCGGGAGGGCCCUCCUUACCAGAGGCGAGGCUCCCUUCAGCUGUGGCAGUUCCUGGUCACUCUUCUUGAUGACCCAGCCAAUGCUCACUUCAUUGCCUGGACAGGCCGAGGCAUGGAGUUUAAGCUGAUAGAACCAGAGGAGGUUGCUCGGCGUUGGGGCAUCCAGAAGAACCGGCCAGCCAUGAACUAUGACAAGCUGAGCCGUUCUCUACGCUACUACUAUGAAAAGGGCAUCAUGCAGAAGGUCGCUGGGGAACGAUAUGUCUACAAAUUUGUCUGUGACCCGGAUGCCCUUUUCUCCAUGGCCUUCCCAGACAAUCAGCGUCCAUUCCUGAAGGCAGAGUCUGAAUGCCCCCUCAACGAGGAGGACACCCUGCCACUGACCCACUUUGAAGACAACCCUGCUUACCUCCUGGACAUGGAUCGCUGCAGCAGCCUCCCCUAUGCUGAAGGCUUCGCUUACUAAGUUCCUGAGUGGCUGAGCAGCCAAACCCUAGAGCUAGCAGUUCCCUUUCAGGCAGAUGAGGGCAGUGGUUUUGUUUGUGUUCUUGGCUGUUCUAAAGCUUGCCAUUUGAAUAUUAUCCGGAGAGCCCAAGCCAUCUCUGGAUUUUCACCCUGAAAGGCAUAUACCUUGGCUGGGGAGUGGGAACAGGCAGGGGCAGAAAAACCACCAAAAGGUUGGUGCCUCAACUCUGAUUCUGAUGAGGUUUCCGGGAAGAGAAUGUGGGAAUGGAGCCUCCUCACUACCAUGGACAAUAUAUGCAAAGCAAUACCUUGUUCAGGUUAGUACCCUCAAAAUGGGACCGAGUGUGUGACAAUCUGUGUUGAUCAUGGACUACUAAAUGCCUUUACAUAGAAGGGCUCUGGUUUGCACAAUUUAUUAAAGAAAUCACAAGCUCAUAGAAAAGUAGGUAGACUGAGUUGGGGAGGCUCAGACCAAUUAAAGGUUAAAAAUAUGUGUUGAAAUUUGGAGAGUUCUUCUAGCUCAAUCUGAAAUACUUCCCCUUGGUUUAGAAAAAGGGGAGAAUCAGUCCUGACAGCUGUUACCCACUCCAUGGUUCUCAAAUCAUAAACCAUUGCUACGCUUGGGAACCUUCCAGCCAUGUGGUCACCAAAUAGAGCAGGCCCCCUCUCUCUUCCCAGUCACAUGGCUGAAUGUGGAUGGCUUUCAUUUUAGGGGAAGGGCGAUUAACAGUUUUGACAGUAUUUAGUUUUGCUUUGAUUCGGGGGGGCGGGGGGUUGUUUUGUUUUGAUGGUUGUUUUGGAAAAACAGUUUAUAAACUGAUUUUUGUAGUUUUGGUAUUUAAAGCAAAAAAACAAAAACAAACCUUUUGGUAACUGUGCACUGUGUCCCAUAGGCAGGGCCGUGCCGACUUAUGAAGAGCUGCAGCUUGAGAGGGGCUUUGCUGGGGCUGUUCCUUAGCCACGUAAAAGCCCACUCUGGCCUGCUUUGUGCUUUCUGCACCAGACAACCUGAUGGAACAUUUGCACCUGAGUUGUACAUUUUUGAAGUGUGCAGGGUAGCCUGGACACAAGCAUAGAUUCUAUGUGUAUAGCUCCCCGUGUUCACUAACAUGCCCUCUCUGGGAAGCAGAUGUACAUAUUACAUGUCAUGUCCAUUUGAAACUUGGUCACCUGGUGGGAACCCUAGGGAUUCUUCCCUGGGCAUGACUAAUGACGAUUUCCAUUUCAUCCGUUUGUGUUUUUUUUUUUUCUUUUUCCUUUUUCUUUACAUCUUGGGCUUUAAACCCUGCAUAACAGUUCUGUAGGGUUUGAGGCUUACUGGUGACACCGACAGGUAAAACAGUGCUAGCACUCUGGUUUCCUGCCACUUUUUUAAGUUUCUUCUAAUUGCUGUAUUAUAUUGGGAAAGUUUAAAACAACCAAGUUAAAGCAGAGUGAAAGUUGAGCUCAAAAUAGAGGAAAGUCACUCUAGAGGGUGAUGGCACUUGCUGCCUGCUCCAGUGAUGGAAUUUUGUGCUCCCUGUGUCACUCAGAACAUUAAGAAGGACUAUGCUGUUGCUCGUGUGUGGAGAAGACAGUGCUGAGUCCAAGAGUGUGAGGCACAUGCAUUGAGUUGCUUUUCAAAAAACGGAAUGCUCCAUGAUCCCCCUUAUAACCAACAGCACAUUUGUGAAGAGGUUCACAGGGAUAAAGGUGCAUUUUAUAGAUAUGGAAAAAUGAGAUUUUCCUCUAUGGGAAAUUAGCCCACAAAGGUGUGGAGCUUAUAUCUUGGGUCGUAAUUAGCAUUGUACUCUAAUCAAAGGACUCUUCUAAACCAUAUUUAUAGCUUUCUAAUCUACACAUAGUCUAUACAUAGAUGCAUAUUUUACCCCCCAGCUGGCUAGAGAUUUAUUUGUUGUAAAUGCUGUAUAGAUUUGUUUUUCCUUUCUUUACUUAUCCUGGUUUGGGAUUUUUUUUUAAAUAAAUUUAUGCUGUUUUAGCAAGUAUGAAAAUAAUCUUCUGUCGCCUGAGCUGCCCCUCCCCUGCUGUAACCACGUGGCCUGUGCUGUCGCAAGAUAUAGGAUGGCGGCAUCACCGUUGCAUUCCCAUUGGACUCAUGCAUCUCCUGGGUGGUUUUGGUUGUUUUUUUUUUUUUUUUUUUUCUUCAGGGUUUUGAGGGGGGGUUUUGUUUGUUUGUUUGCUUCUUUUCCAGAGUGUGGAAAGUCUACAGUGCAGAAAGGCUUUAACCUGCCAAUUGAUUUUAAAUACUUCCCCCUGCGCAGGGCUGUAUGCAUCCUGCCAAGCUGCGUUAUAUUCUGUACUGUGUACAAUAAAGAAGUUUGCUUUUCGUUUAA